GAGAGAGAGAGAGAGAGAGAGUGAGAGCGAGUGAGAGAAGCGGAGGAAGGGGAACGGCUGUAAAAGCGGUGAAAUAUCAAAGCCGGGAUGGGAGCUGUCAUCGUCGGGCCAACAUCAUGGGUGGCGUGUUGAAUUAGAAUGCCUUCCCACACCCCACGCAGGGCUGAGCCCCACCGCGUUACCCCCACCACCUUCCCCACUCUAUGUCCCUCCAUUGCCGACGACCGUCGACUGUUCCCUCUCCACUUCCAAGAUCUCACUUCCCUACGGAGUGGGGACACUCGACGCGUACAUACACAGGUUAUGCACCCCUUUAUGGUGGGGAUAGAAGUGACCUUCCAAACUGCCGCUAGACGGCGCUAGGAUCGUCAAGUGCUCCGUUCGACAAGGAUUCGACCGACGGCCCCGGCAUUAUUUUCCUGGAUUUUGUACUGUGAACGUCGCUCGCGUCUAAGUCUUAUAUUCGUGCGAAAGAGAGAGGAUCGAUCGACGGGCCACCGUAUUCCGCUUAUACGGUGAGCGAACGUCCACCGAUUCGGAAGAGGAGUUACUGUUAUCACUGUUGGUUACUUUUAACGUUUCUUGGGCUGUUUUUCAUCCCAAGUGUGAAGCUUCCCUGUGUGAUUUAGUGCAGUGAAUUAUCUUUAACAAAGUGCUUAACCCAAAUGGUUGUGCUCGAGGAAGGCGGUAUGCUGUCUACCGGACACAAUCAGUACUUACAGCCGGAUUAUCUUUCUCCGCUUCCAACCACGUUGGACGCGAAGAAGAGUCCCUUGGCACUUUUGGCACAGACAUGCAGUCAAAUCGGUGCGGACUCGCCGACAAAGCCACUGGUCUCGCCAUUGGAGAAGAGUUCCUCGAAAAGUAACAGCGUCGGUAGUUCGAGUGCUAAAUCUCCGCCAGCGGCGAAGUUAGAACGGAGCACGCGAGGCAGUCCGUCGGACAAUAAAACACUUGCGUUCAAACCGUACGAGACUAACGUGGUGACGAGAAAGAAUACGACGGGACAAGACGAAGGCAGACCGACGUCGAAGGCAAGCGUGCACAGUGUCGGUGGUCAGGAAAAUGCGUCGGAAAGUCUGAGCAUUAGCGGUAGCAAUAACAAUAAUAAUAACAACAACAACAACAACAAUAAUAAUACAGGUGGAAAUCUCAAUGAGAAGAAGUCAACGUCGUCUUCGUCGUCGGGUAGUCGAACACCCGUCGGCCGGAAGUCAGCCUCGCCGUCGAGUCAAGCGACGGCAGGUUCGUCGAGUAGUAUUCUCUCAGCUUCCGAUCGUAAGACUCCUGGCGAUCGUGAGAAAACCGACGCAUCUCCACGAAAUAACGGAACGAGUCCUAUAAUUAGAUCGGGCAUGGAAAUUCUCAGCGGUGGCCAUGCAAAGGAUGCGGCCGGAUUGGCCGCUUAUAAGGCAUCGAUACCUGGUUUUGCUACUGGAAAUCCUCUUUGUUGUCCACCUGGACUCGCGGAGAAUCCUGCGUUCAGGCCACCGUUCGCCGGUGCUUCGCCAUUUUCUCAUCAUCAUGCUGCCGCCGCGGCCGCACUUUUGGGUUAUCCAACAACGGCACCUACACCAGGCAACCCAUACCUCAGUUACGCUCGAGUAAAGACACCAGCCGGCGGUGAAGCUCUCGUCCCAGUCUGCAAGGAUCCCUAUUGCACCGGCUGCCAAUAUAGUGUUCAUGGGGCGCAAUUAAUGAUGGGCGCUGGUGCGAGUGCCGGCGGUGCUGCUGGCACCGCCGGUAGUGGUGGAGGAGGUGGUGGUGGUGCCGCGAGUGCCGCGAGUGUCGCCGGCGGAGCCGCAUCCGUCUGUCCAAGUGGAUGUACCCAGUGCGAUCAUCAGAAAUACGGCCUCGCAAUGGCAUUGUCUUCGUUAGGUCCAAUGCCUCCGCCCUCGCUCGCAUACCCUUCCACGCUUACCGGUGGUAGGCCGUACGUGUGCAACUGGAUCGCCGGUGACUCCUACUGUGGCAAACGAUUUGCAACGUCCGACGAGCUCCUUCAACAUCUCCGCAGUCACACGAAUCUCGCAGCGGCUGCCGCGGCAGCAGCAGCCGCCGCAGCUGGUGCACCGGAACCUACCAGUCUCCUAGCCAAUCCUCAUCCCCAUCCGCUUCUCUCGCCUUCAGCGGCAGCCCUUCACCGUGCCAGCGGUGCCUCCUAUCCCGCGCCAUCUCUCAGUCCUCUCGGUGCGAGAUAUCACCCUUACGGUAAACCACCCACUGCACCUCUACCUGCCUCCCUAGCAGCCUCACCCUAUAGCGCCUUCAAUGCGCUAGGUCCUUACUACUCGCCUUACGCGAUUUACGGACAACGGAUCGGUGCUGCUGUUCAUCCCUAAAUGACCGACUUUUUCGCCAAGGUCUUUCCUUUCUUCUCCACUCACUCUCUUUCUCUACGUUUUUUUUUUUCCUUUUCAUUCUUUGUACAUAGCGAAGCGUGUAUUAUACAGAUCCUAUUUAAGCGAUCCUUUUCCGAGAGAGAUUUCUCGUCUCUCUCGUUUUUCUCUAAAUAUAUAUGUAUAUAAAUAUAUAAAUAUGAGUCUAUAAAUAUAAAUAUAUAAAUACAUGAAUAUAAAUAUAAAUAUAUAUAUGUGUAAAUUAAAAAAAAAAAUAAUUAAAGUCUAUGAAAUGUCAUCAUUGGCGGUUUAACAUUAUGCACAUCACGAGGUAUCACCGUUAUAUUAUGCUCGGAGAGUACGCCGCGAGAAUGUGCGUUUUUCGAGCCGCUUCGACGUGAUUCUUUGGAUUCUUGCGUCCGUCGUAGCGAGAGGAGUGUUUGUGUGCGUCUACCUGUGUCCAAUUGUGAACGAUCUUCUUCGAGUCAAUGUGGUUUGCGCCGGUGUUUCGAACAUACAGAUAAACUGUGAUAAUGUUGCGUUUUUUUUUGUUCGUAGAAGCGAAAUAGAAAGAGUGAGAGAAAAAGAAAAAGAGAUAAGACAUGAAACAGCAUCUUGUUUGAGCUUUUCUCGAUAUCCUCGAAAGCGCGAAAGUGAAUCGUUCGCCUUUGCAAGAGAUCGUCGCAAAGCAUGUCGGAUCGGUCGUAAUAAUCGCAUCAGAGCUAUGAAAAAAGAGAGAGAGAGAGAGAGAGAGAGAAAGAAAGAAAAUAGUUUAGGUAUCUUUCGAACCUGUAAAUAUCUCUUGUAAAACAUCGUUGAGUUUCCACAGCGCUUUAAUAAAAAAGAUAUUCGUAGAAUCAAAA